GUGUGAUUAUAGACAUCAUGAACGCAGUAGCUUCGUCCUCAGGGACUCAGAACGGCUCUUCUGGCAAGAAGAGCAAGACAAAUGUUGAAAUGGAGGAAGCAGAUCAAGUCGUGAACAAGAACAAGCGUCACCGGAAGGAUAAGCCAUGGGAUACGGACGAUAUCGACCACUGGCACAUUGAGCCGAUGCCUCAACCUGACCCUUUAUCUCACAAGCCAUUCCUCGAAGAAUCGUCUUUCGCACUCCUCUUUCCAAAAUACAGGGAACCAUACCUGCGGUCCGUGUGGAGCAGCAUCACCACAGCUCUCCAAUCGCAUGGUCUGGCUUGUGAAUUGGACCUGGUACAGGGUAAAAUGACGGUCAAGACUACUCGAAAGACUUGGGACCCCUAUAUCGUCUUUAAAGGAAGAGACCUUUUAAAGUUGUUAGCGAGAGGUGUCAAUGCUCCUCAGGCGUUGAAAGUUCUACAAGAUGACAUUGCUUGCGAUGUGAUCAAGAUUGGUGGUUUGGUACGAAACAAGGAGAGAUUCGUCAAGCGUCGACAGAGGCUAGUCGGACCCAACGGAAGUACGCUAAAGGCAAUCGAGCUUCUCACUGAAUGCUACGUUCUCGUUCAAGGCAACACUGUCUCCGCUAUGGGCACAUUCAAAGGUCUCAAAGAGGUCAGACGGAUCGUCAUUGAUUGUAUGAACAAUAUCCACCCGAUCUACCGAAUCAAAGAGCUCAUGAUCAAGCGUGAGCUCGCCAAGGAUCCAAAAUUGGUCAAUGAGAACUGGGACAGAUUCCUGCCUAAGUUUCAACGCCGCCACCUCAAGACAUCCGAAAAGACUGCAAAGAAGAACGCUGUAUUGGAGAAAAAAGCACAGGCUCAACAAGCAGCAGCUGAGAAUCCGAAUGCUAUUCCACUACCACCUGUCCCGACGACUGCAGCGAAGAAAAAGACGUACACUCCUUUCCCUCCACCCCAACAGCCUUCCAAAUUGGACCUCCAGAUGGCGAGUGGAGAGUACUUCCUCAAACCCAAAGAACGCGAGGUUAUCGAAAAGAGAAAGAGAGAGGAAAGACAGGCUGCCAAAGCGGAGGAAAGGCGAGCUACGAGAGAGGAGGCUUUCAUACCACCUCCGGAGCACGUCGAAGCUUCUGUUGCAGAGAAGAAGAUGAAGAAGAAGAAAAGAAAGUUGGAGGAGGAAUAGACGACUGGAUGCACAUGACUGUCCGAUUAGAUUCGAUGAUGCAUAUAG